UUAAAUGAUAAACGAUUUUAAAGUAAGAGUUCUUCACAUUGCUGAAUGUGCUGUGUGACGUGUUUAUAUACAACAUGUUUAUAUGCUCUGUUGUUGAGUUAACGUUUACUCUGUUAACCAGCUAAGUUAAAUGUUUGCCAGGUUCUGUCAGUUAGCAUGUCACAGACUGUUCUGCUAGUUCAUACUUUGCUGAAAUUCGCAUACAGUCGUCGUUAUAGCAAGGUCAUGUUGUACGACAUGACGUGACUGUUUAUCAGCAAACUAAUGUUCUAUCCUGGGUUUAAACAGGCGGAGUGGAGCUGCUCAGUAGGUCCAUGCUUAUUCAUUCAGUUUGUUUAAUCAAGAGUUCAGUUUUAAAAUGAAUCCAAAUUGUGGCAAAUAUUCCAGAUGAGACGGUUCUAUGUCGUACGUGCUCCAUAUUUUAACGGGCUUUACUAUUGGUUUACCCUUGCGAGGCUCCGCCUCGGCACCUGAGGCCGGGGGAGUGGUUCCGCUGUUUAGCCUUGCAGCCAAUUUUUCUGUAAAACUGUUGACAGGACAUCUCGAACUACAACGUUUCGUCCAGCACCUGAGGGACCUGGCAGGUCGGUUAUCUUCGUCCGGUGGCAGAGGGGCAGGAUUGGGACUGAAGCUGCUGAUUGGAGCCGGUGCUUUGGCAUAUGGCGUUAAAGAAGCCACCUACACAGUGGAGGGUGGUCACAGAGCUAUCAUCUUCAACAGGAUUGGAGGGAUGCAGAUGGACACUGUUCUGGCCGAGGGGCUGCAUUUCAGGGUGCCAUGGUUCCAAUACCCUAUCGUCUAUGAUAUCAGAGCCAGACCCAGGAAGAUCUCCUCUUUGACUGGCAGCAAAGAUCUGCAGAUGGUCAACAUAGCGGUGCGGGUAUUGUCCAGACCCAUGGCGUCCAACCUGCCAACCAUGUACCAACAGCUAGGGAAGGACUACGAUGAGAGAGUCCUGCCCUCCAUUGUCAACGAGGUCCUCAAGUCAGUGGUAGCAAAGUUCAACGCUUCGCAGCUCAUCACACAGAGAGCACAGGUGUCCCUGCUGGUCCGCAGGGAGUUGUUUGAGAGAGCCAAAGACUUCAACAUCAUCCUUGACGAUGUAGCCAUUACUGAGCUGAGCUUCAGCAGCCAGUACACUGCUGCUGUAGAGGCCAAGCAAGUUGCCCAGCAAGAGGCCCAGAGAGCCCAGUUCUAUGUGGAGAAAGCCAAACAAGAUCAGAGGCAGAAGAUCAUCCAGGCUGAGGGAGAGGCUGAAGCUGCCAAAAUGCUGGGCCGAGCAGUGACUAAGAACCCAGGCUACCUGAAGCUGAGAAGAAUCAGAGCAGCACAGAACAUCGCUAAGACGGUGGCAUCAUCUCAGAAUAAGGUGUACCUUAAUGCUGACAGUUUGGUCCUGAACCUACAAGACCAGACAAUGUUUGACAACUUGUCACUGGGCCGAAAGAAGUGAUGAAGACACAAAGAGAGGCAAUUGAUCUGCCCGUUAUCAACUUCUGAACAGUCUGUAUCAGUUUUUCACAGAGAAUCAACAUACAUGACUUUGGACAAGUAUGAAUGUGGACGACAAGAAAGAGGAGACUUUUUUUUACCCGUCUCAGAUAUUUGGGAGUGGCCUGUGUUAUCUCUGAAGUUUGUCAAUUAAUUAUUGUAUUGGAACAAAACAGUGAUCUCAUUUUCACAAUGAACAAAUCAGUAAGUAAUACAUUUGUUUUUGGACAGAUAGAAAGUACAAAGUCAAACAAACCGGAUGAGCACAUAUCAGCCAUAUCUCCACCAAGGUGGAGGUGGUGUCACAGAUGUUUGGUUAUGUGUGUGGAUUCAUGAAGUAAACAUGUAAAUGCAGCCACCUGUGUUGGCAGACCAAGUUAAUACAACCUAAUUUAUCAUUUAAUAAACUUUUAUUGUAAGUGAA